UACUAUACGGUAGUUUUCGUAUACGGUAGUUACCGUGAUCGGAAUAUUAUAGGUCUAUAAUUAUUUUGAUAUUUGAUUACCGCAUUCUAGACAAUAUUAUCGUAGUGAUAGUAAUAAAUAAUAAUAUAUAAAUAAUAUUGUAAUAGUUAAAUUAUUUAAUUCAUAAUUUUGAGACUUGAGGGCAUAGAUAGGUAGACAAGCUUUCGAGCAGAGAGCAAUUGCAAGUGAUCUACUAACGUCAGUCUACGAUGCAUCUGCCUUGACUAUCGAGGAUUUGCAUAGGUUAUAGCCUAUAGCUUAUAGGUACCUAGCUUAAUUGUUGUUGUUGUUAUUGUUGUAAUAUUAUCGAUCGUGUCUGGGGCUUCUUGAGAUCAUUGUUUGAGUAGCAUGACAACAUUUAAAUGGUUUAUGGUAUCCGGCAGCACACGUUCCAGCUAAUAGGAAGACAUUGUCAUUACGUUAUCGCUUCCACGCCAGAUCAAAGGAAACGGGUGUAUGAAUACUGUUAAACACAAGCCGGGAUUGCAACUUCAGUACCUGUUGCAAGGAGGCUCAUACCGAAACACCAAACUACACGAAAUUACCAUGAUUGGAGCAAUGCCUGCUGUGGCCGUCCGCCACGAGCGGCGGAGGCAGGAGAAAAAAGUGGUAUGUGUGAAUAAUCUGAACGCCGGUGACCGGGAAGGCACAUCAAAUACCACUGGAAACCGGAGACCAAGUCUAUUAACACUGCAGUCACCGCAUUCUCAGACCGGCACGCCGAUCACGUCUCCGCCGUGCAUUCAAAACACAUCACUGCCAGAUAUCUAUGUCUGCUCAAAAGUGUCCGUGCUGCACAUAGCCGUGGUGACCAUACUGAUCGGGGCCAUACUGCUGAUUGUCGGGCUCGUUCAGCUGAAGCCGGGCGCGGAUGCGUCUCAGUACAAGUUCGUGUUGAUCUUCUCCGGUCUGAUCACCACGUUGGUCGGCAUCCUCACGGCCAUCGUCCGGUGUUGCCUGCUGCCGUGGGUCACCAAACGUCGGCAGAGAAGGUCCACCCCGUCAACGCCGGGCGUGCUGUUGGCCGCGUAAUGGUGGAGGAGAGGACGCUACACCACCGCAAAACGAUCGAGAUUUCUGCUUAGCCACUUAACUCACACAUACACACACACACACACACACACACGUUUGAUGACGCAAGUCAUGUAUAAUGUACAGACAAAAAAAUUGUUAUUUAAUUUUUACUCUUUGCCGUUGACACGAAGUUAUCCGAAAAUGAUUGAUAUAUUCGGUGUAUAUACUAGACAUAUAAAUGUAACAGACGAUGUAAGAGACACCGACAAUUUAUACAGCUUUUACGGUGUGAUCUAUAGCGUAAAUCGAUUGAACUGCGGUUGGUUCUUGCAUGUGAUAAACGAGUUGAAUUUUCGGUGUCUCUAUACACAAUAAAUGAUAUAAUAUAAUUGUAUUUUAUUAUAUAAUACUUGAUACAUAUAUAGGUACACAAUAUAUAUCGCGCGCGGUACACACACACACACACACACAAACACACACACACACACACACAUAUACAUACAAAUACACAGGUCUGUGAUUUUAACUCUCACCGACAUCGUUUGAUGACUGGUCUGAGUAGUGAGUUUAUUAAGAUGAUAUACCUAGUAGGGAUAUUCAAAUAUAAAUUGUUUUGUUCUUGUGUUUUGAAAUUUCAAAGUGAACACUCUUUUUAAUUUUUGUUGUUUAUGAUUUUCAACUUCAUAUUUUAAUUUCCGCAGUAAUUAGCCCCAAACAGUGCUUCUAAAUCAAUCCUAAAUUGCUAAAUAGGUACAUUUUAUAUUUUGCACAUAUUAUAUAGUUUAUACCUAUAAUACAACACAUAUUUAUAAGGUAUUUAUGGGACCAACAAUAUGAAAUAUGAAACCAACAUUUCUGGAUCAUUUUAGUCCGAUUCACGUGCUACAUAUCUCUAAAUAGUUUUUACCAUAAAUAAGCAAUGUAUUCAUUAUAGUUUAAAUUGUUUGCAUAUUUUAAAUCUGGGUCUUUAUUUUAAAAUUAUAAUACCUACAGUUUAAGUUAUAUGUUAAAAAUAUACAAACCUCUAUUUACUAGUCCAUGUUAAUGUUGAGGCAACAAUAAUUGUGACUUUGCUAGUUUUUGGAUUUAUGCCGUAACUUUUGAAGUCUUCCAUUAUUAUUGAUUAUCCUAUGUAUUAUACAUAUAUUAUUUUAAUUGACUGACCUUUAACAAAACUGACCAAAGUAUAAUUUAACCGUUCAAUCAAAAAAACUGUAAUGUCCUUAAUCAAAAUAUAGCACUUUUAUGAUUCGCUCAAAUUUAAAUUAAAUAAUAUAUUCUAUGUUAUUGGCCAACUUAAUUUGUAUAAGAAACUUAAGAAAGAAUUAUUAUUAAAGUUCACAACAUGUUCAGUAAUUUUGUUAGUACAAUUUUGACAUAAAUUAUGAUCUAUUCUCACAGUCUGACUUUUAAAACAAAGUUAAAAGAAUCUUGAAUCUUAUAUCAAAAGUAUUUUAUACGAAUACAAAAAAACAUAUUGAAAGUAUUUAAAUGAUAGAUACUCAAUUUUAUAAAAAUGUAUUAGCAUUUUAUAACUGUUCAAGUUUUUUUUUUAUAUAUACUUGUGGAAUCAUUAGCAAUCUCUAAUUUUUUGAAUAAUACAAACAGAGUGAUUAUUAAAAGGGUGUAAGUAUAUGCAUACACUAUUUAAAAGUGGGGCAUUAAUUUAUAUAAUAAUUGUUUAAUACAAAUGUUUUACCCCAUUUGUGAAAUAGCCUAAUUCAUGUAAGGAGCCGCAAUAUGUGCCUCUCAUUUCAUGAACUGAGAAACAAGCAAUUGUCUACUAAAGAUCCUACUUUAAGAUUUUACAUAGUAGAGUUUAAAGAACUAAUACUGUAAUUUAUGUAUUCUUGUGUUGUAAUCCUUCAAAGAGAUAAACAUAGAACAUAGAAGUCUAUAAUUUAAGUUUUAUAGGUUAAUUUUAAAUUGCAAUGAUAAAUGAUAAAAAUGUUCUGAAAAUGGUUUUACAUGUUACUUUUCUUGUUAUACCAGACCACGUGCAUUAAUAAUGAAUAAUAUUUAACAUUUUAACAUUUUAACCUUUUAAUUUUUGUUACUUAUUCAUCAUAUAAUUGUUACCUGCCAUUCAUAAUAUCAAAAAUAUUGAAAUAAUAUAUAUAUAUUUUUAUAUUAUAUUAUUGAAUUUACUUUUUAAAUCAAUGAUAAUUAAUUACAAUAAUAUAAAAUGAAAAAUUACAUCAUAAUAUACAAAAAUGUAUUAAGAUCUAGAGUUUCUUCAGUUAAUGAAAUUGGGAAUUUCACAAAUGAGGUUAUAUAAGCACAAAACAUGUGUUAUGUAAAUAAAUUAGUUAUGUUAUUAUGUUUAAAAAAAAAAAAUCAAUGUAAAUGUUGUAAUUAUUUUAUUUGACGUACAAUUUACAGAACCGUUAUAUUUACAAUGCAUAGAAUGCCCAUAGGGCUUGUCUGUAUUUGUGACCUUAAAAGUGAUUAUUUUUUAUUUAUAUAAGACUGUUAAGUGUUUUUGUGCCAAAAAAAAAUGUCACUAUUUUAUAUUGUAAUAUUACAUUUUCUACAAAAUCUGAAGAAUAUCACAAAAAUAACAAUUGUUUUAUUUAAGCUUUUAAGUUAAUGAAUGGAUAACAAGAAAUAGUUUAUCCUUGGACCUUUUUGAUAAUCACUCGUUGUUUAAAAAAUUAAUUUUAUUUCAAUGAGUUAUUUUAUUUUAUGAUAAAAAAAAUAGUAUCAUCAAUUAUGUUCUCUUAUAAUUUGCCUAAUAUUAAAAAAUA